CUAAAUUUUACAGUGGUGGAUUUCUUUUAGAUAAACUUUAGGUGUAAGUAAUCGCCUGUCUAAAUGUCUUUUUAAAUUGAAUAACCGGAAGUACUAUUUUGUGAUCUUGGCAGUACAUACAUAUCUAGUGCACUUCCCCAUUGUCACAGAUGCGAAGAAAAAAGUGAUGAAUUUGACUGGAGUUUUGGAAAACCAAUCCAGCAAUCCGUAACUUCGCGGGCCACAAGUCGCGAUUUCCUAUUGGCCAUUAAUGGCUAUUUGACUUUGUAACUGGUCGAAAGUGAUCCAAGAUGGCUACCCUUAACCGUUGAAAAGAAGACCAUCGCGAUUUCUUACCGGCACAUAUCAAUUUUAAAUCGAUCCUCGUCUCCAGUAGUUCAGGCAAAGCAAUCAUUACGUGUAGGCGCGUUUAAGCUUCUCGCGACAGUGCUCUGAUAUCUGUGUCACAUUGUAUCUGAAGGUGACGACCCUGAAAGUCUACACUUUUUUUUGGCUUAUCUGCACACUACACACCGGCUCGUUGCGGCGCGUGUUGGGGACUCAAGCCCGCCAAAAUCUUAGAUACGACAAAAAUGGCUCCAUCGCGCAGGAACGCGAAGCGUGUCGAUGAAGAACCCGUAGAAGUUGUCGCGAGUGCCAGUAAUGUUUCACCCCCCAAAAAAAAGCGGGGCCAGCAAUUGACCGCUUCUCAAGUUGUUGAGAAUGUAAGAGAAGUAAGACUCCCGAGGGCUGCAAAGAAUAAGAAAGCGGAACCAGAUAACAUAACAGUAGAUGCAGAGCCUCGGGUUAAAAAACCAACCGCUAGGUCAAAGGCAGUUCCUAAAAUAUCUAACAGCGUUACGGAAUCAAAGCCUGCCAAAGUGGCUAAAGGUCUUUCCAAAAAAUUGAAAAGCGUUGAGGAUGAGCCUUCCGGUAGCGUUCCCGUUGCUGCCGUCAAAAAAACCAAAGCUGCCGCUAACGAUGCUACUGAGGGCCAGCCUGUUAAGAAACCACGUGGAAAAGCUGCUGGAGCUGCAAAAAUGACAAAAACGGAUGAUGCUGAGAAAGGGAAAGCAAAAAAGAAUGCUGAAGAGAAGCUGUCGGAUGCAGCGAAGAAACCAGCAGCAAAAGCUAAAGCUGCUCCUAAAAAAAUAGAAUCUAAGGAAGCUAAACCUAAGGGAAGAUCAACCAAGAAAAUAAUUGAAGAGGAAGAAGAUUCUGAAGCUGAACCCUCUAAAGAAUCAGUUAGGGGACGAGGAAAGGGUGGUGCUGGCGAUCUACCAGGUGAAAAAGAUGUUACAAAACUUGCAAAAGGACGGCAAGUUAAGACUGAGGAAAAUACUACAGCUUCAAAAGCUACAGCUAAGAAAGGAAGAGGCAAAAAAGCAACCGACGCACUUCCUAUUGUAGAUAGUACUGAUAUAAAACUAGAAGAUGUACCUAUGGAGCAUGAUGCUGAUGAAGCAUCUCCUGAUGAGGAUAUCGAAACAGCUGAUUCAGGAACAGAGCCUAAGGAGAAUGGCAAUACAGCUGUAGUUCAAGAGAAUGGGAGUGGUGAAAUGGAAGAACAGAUAUUAGAUGAGCCAAAAGAAGUGAAAAAAGGAAAAAGCAAACCAUCGUCCAAAAAAGGAAAAAGUGCAACCAAAAUAAAAUAUGAUGAAACUGAUUCAGAUACACAGACCACAGAAAAUAAUAUUGCUAAAAAUGACGUUGAAUGGUAGAAUACAAUGGUAUGGACAGGAUCACUGCGGGAUUGUAGCCUGUCAACAAGGAAGUGGGAUAUAAGCGUUGAAGUGUUUAUGACAAUUUUUCGUAACUAAUCUGCUCAUUAUGCUGUAUGCUCAGCCCCAUUUCUGUCAGCUUGAUUAUAUCUAGUCUCAGAACUUUUAAACACAAGAUUUUUUUGACUUACGUAUUAAGAAUAACAAUUGUUUUCAAAUUUUUAAACUACUGAUGGUUGACUAAUGCACAUAAGCAGAGAAGUGAAUAAUUUCAAAAGUAUAAAAGAGCUAAAUAUGAACUUAGCAAAAAAAAAUCAUAAAGCAAGUCUGGAGCUAAUUUUGAAUUUAUGCUAGAAGCUCAUUUUUAUUUACAAGCUACAUUGUAACAUCAUCUAUCCCGUCCAGUACUGUUUGUUGAUGCGUAUCAUUUACUUCACUGUAGUUUCGUCUAAGUUGAAAUUACGUUUGUUUCCUUUCAUGCAGGAUAGCCAUAUAUGGUUAUGCUAUGGUUCACCCGUUAUAAGGUCAUUGAUGUUUGGCAUGAUCGAAUAUUAAAGUUAAAUUUUUCUUUAAUUUCUUUUCAUUUCUCUUUCGAUCGUAUUGGAGAUCUGUUGAUCGGGACAAAAUUUCACGGUUUUAUGAUAGUUGCGAUGGAGAAACCGUUCAAAAAAAAACCUACAUUCCUCUUAAUUGAAAAAGUUUGCUUUAUUUUUACGAUAUUAAUAUAACGUCGCGAUCAUCUUGUAUUGUUACGUUGGAUGGCGCUAUAGUUAUUAUUCAAAUGUACUGCUCUGUCAUAGAAGAAAGCAGCAGUAUUGCUUCGCGUCUGAGCACUUUACGUGGAUUCAAUGUCUACAACAACUUGACUGGCAGGUACAAUUUUUAUACAAUCGUAGGCGUACACAAACUCGGAAAUGCAGUAUCGCGAAGAACAUUCACUUAUUGUCACGUUAUAAUAUUCUUGUUAACAGUAAGCUAGACAAGAGCACAAGGUAUGAUCGUCAAUUAAAUACUGCCUUAAAGGUUCAUGAAAAUUGAUAGUGUUAAUGCAUUUGAAAUACUAAAUGAAAAAGGAAUAGGAUACCGUUGAAUUGACCAGUUUAGUGGAUUCUAACUACAUAAACGAGUGAUACUGUGUGUAAAUAUACUGUAACUUGUAUUUAUUUUUUAAAAUAAAUUGUUAUAAAAUUCUCAACUAUAA